UUCAGUGGUCUUCAGAGGAGGAAGGGAGAGAGAAACUAAAAACCCCACCAGAAACAAAAAAAAACAAGAAAAAAAAAUGGCCGUCUCAGCAGGAUGUGCUAGGGUUCUACCGGUUUUUGAAUGUAGAUCAGAUCCAGAUUUCUCUACCAAUCAAAACCAGCAGAAAUCAAGUUCUAGAUUCAUUUCUGGAUCUUUCAAUGGUGGUGGUGGAUUAUAUUCAUCGUUGAUUCUGCGGUUUCCUCCUAAUUUCGUAAGGCAAUUGAGUAUUAAAGCAAGAAGAAAUUGUAGCAACAUUGGUGUAGCACAAGUUGUAGCUGCUUCCUGGUCAAACAACAACAAUACCAACAAGAACGUUCCUAAUGUAUCCACUUUCGAUUCUGCUGCUUCUGAGAUUGAAAUACCAUCAAUUGAUGAUGAAGCUGUAGCUGCUGUUGAUGGUGGUGCUAUUUGUAAUAAUGGUGUACAGUUGUCUGGUUUGGCCGCUUUAAAGGCCUCAUUUUUACGCUCCGAUGGGAGCAUCACAGUUCAUGCAGGAGAAAGAUUAGGUCGUGGAAUUGCUACAGAUGGAAUCACUACCCCAGUCGUCAAUACUUCUGCUUACUGGUUCAAGAACUCCAAUGAACUCAUUGAUUUCAAGGAGGGACGCCAUGCAAGUUUUGAGUAUGGGCGCUAUGGGAACCCAACCACAGUAGUCGCUGAAAACAAAAUAAGUGCACUUGAGGGGGCAGAAUCAACUAUUUUGAUGUCAUCUGGCAUGUGUGCUAGUACGGUCAUGAUGUUUGCAUUGGUAAAGAAGGGUGGGCAUAUAAUAACAACUACGGAUUGCUACAGGAAGACGAGAAUUUUCAUUGAUGAUUUUCUUGUUCCCAACAUGAAUAUAACGGUCCAUGUCAUCGACCCUGCCGAUAUGGAUGGCCUGAAAUCUGCACUGGAGAAGAAUAAUGUAACACUUUUCUUUACAGAAUCGCCAACUAAUCCUUACCUCCGAUGCGUUGACAUUGAUUUGGUUUCAAAGCUUUGCCACAGCAAAGGCACACUGGUUUGUGUUGAUGGUACUUUUGCCACACCGUUGAACCAAAAGGCACUUGCGCUUGGUGCAGACCUUGUUCUGCACUCGGCAACGAAGUUUAUUGGAGGACACAAUGAUGUUCUUGCUGGUUGCAUUAGUGGUUCUGAGGAAGUGAUUGCUAAGAUUCGCAAGUUGCAUCACGUUUUGGGUGGUACUCUUAACCCGAAUGCCGCUUACCUAAUCAUUCGAGGCAUGAAGACACUGCAUCUUCGUGUACAGCAGCAAAACACAACUGGAUUGAGGAUUGCCGAAGUUUUAGAGGCACAUCCUAAGGUGAAACGUGUUCAUUAUCCCGGUCUUCCCAGUCACCCGGAACACAAAAUUGCCAUGAAGCAAAUGACAGGGUUUGGAGGAGUCGUCAGUUUUGAGAUUGAUGGAGAUUUAGAAACCACCAAGACAUUCAUCGAUGCACUGAAAAUCCCGUACAUCGCCCCUUCCUUUGGAGGAUGUGAGAGCAUUGUGGAUCAGCCUGCAAUUAUGUCUUACUGGGAUCUUAGCCAGUCAGGUAGAGAAAUGUUUGGAAUAAAAGAUAACCUUGUUAGGUUUAGUUUCGGAGUUGAAGACUUUGAAGACCUGAAAGAUGAUAUCCUUCAGGCUUUGGAAGUUAUAUAGAUAAGAGGGAAAUGCUGAGGGCCAUGAAUAUCAUGUUUUCUAUUCCAGUGUCCUAAAUUAUCAGAUUAUUUUGAUUGAGCAUUGCUUUUAUUUAUGUAUGUGUUGGUUAUUUGAUUGAAUUAGUAAUGACUGUUAUAACUGAUUUUGAUAAUGAAGAUGAGGGCGAAUAACUUCUCUCCGUCUCUUCUAGCUCUCUGCUAGCUUAUUGAAUAAUUACUUCUUACUUU